GCUGCAGGAUUCCAUCACUCUUAGCAACCGUUGUUGAGUUACCACGGAAACGCUCUGCUUCUCCUUUGUCCUCCUCAAUCGCUCUCCUCUCCUCCCUCUCUUGCUCUCUCUCUCCCCCUCUCUCCAUCCUGUCUUUACUGCUGGUCGACUUCCGCAAUGCUCUGGGACAUUCAGCUGGAUCAUUUUUCCGCCGCAGCGCCGGACUGCAGAGCUGAGCUGGAGGAAGUCGUCAGCUGAUCACUUUGUUUACCCGUGUCUCCUGCUCGUCAACUAAAACCCUACACUUUGACCUUUAACCCCCUCCUGAAGGACCACAUCAGAGGUCGUUGUUCUGGAUUGGCAGGGCUGACAGGUGACAUCACAGGAAGUUCGAUGAAGUUUUAUCAACCCCAAACAGGUUUGAUCAGCCUCUAUGUUUUCACAACUCCGUCAGUCUGAGAGACGUCCGGACGCUUCUCAGAGACUAAACUCUGCCCAGUGAGCGCACCACCCACUCCUUCUCCUCCUCCUCACCCGCAGAGAGAUGAACGAGGAGGUGGAGGAGUCGCAGCAGCAGGAGGAGCAGGAAGUGGAGGAGGAAGUGCAGCAACAGGAAGACAGACCGACGAAGGAGGAGGAGCUAAAGAACGAGGAGGAGGAGGUGCAGCAGGAGGAUUUGCAGGAAAAGGAGAAGGAGGAGGAGGAGAAGGUGGAGGCUGAGGAGAUGCAACAGGAAGAGGAAGUGCAAUGUGAGGGAGAGGUGCAACAGGAGGAAGGUGAGGUGCAGCAGCAGACUGAGGAUGAGCAGGAGUUAGAGGAGGUGCAGCAGGAAGAGGAAGUGCAAUGUGAGGAGGUGCAACAGGACCAAGGUGAGGAGCAGCAAGAGGAGACGGUCCAGCAGGAGGAGGCGCAGACUGAGGAGAUGCUACAGACCGUGGAACAGCAGACGCUGGUGCAGCAGCAGACGGAGGAGGUGCAGCAGCAGCAGACAGACUUUGUAGAUCCUCUGGAGCAGAGCCACAACAACCAGGUCCUGAUCCGACUGAGAGGAAUGCAGAAAUAUAAAAGUACAUCGCUGAGGCUGAAGGGGGUCCUGGACCAGAUGGACCGCGGCGUCGUGGACCUGCAGGAACUCCGCAGGAACCUGGAGCUCGCUGCGGCCAUGUUGGAUUCUGUUUACACAGACGAGACCAGCCGGCUACUCUGCAUGCCCCCGAGGACGCUCCCCGCUUCCCUGCCGGCGGAGUCGGUGCCCAGGGAGGUACGUGAUUGGCUGGCGUGUACCUUCACCAGGAAGAUGGGCGUGGCCAAGCGUCGGCCCGAGGAGAAGCCGAGAUUCCGGAGCAUCGUCCACGCAGUGCAGGCCGGGAUCUUUGUAGAGAGGAUGUACAGACGGACGUCCACCAUGGCGGGUCUGACCUAUCCUCCCACGGCUUUGACAGCUCUGAAGGAAGUGGAUCAGUGGUCGUUUGAUGUUUUCUCCUUCCACGAGGCCACGGGAGACCACGCCCUCAAGUUCCUGGUCUACGACCUGCUGACCCGCUAUGACCUCGUCAACCGGUUCAGGAUCCCAGUCCAGGCUCUGGUGCAGUUUGUCGAAGCUCUGGAGAACGGCUACAGCAAACACAGGAACCCCUACCACAACCUGACCCACGCCGCCGAUGUCACGCAGACCGCCCACUUCCUGAUGCUGCACACUGGACUGAUGCACUGGCUCAGCGAGCUGGAGAUUCUCGCGAUGGUUUUCGCUGCAGCGAUUCACGACUUCGAACACACAGGAACCACCAACAACUUCCACAUCCACGCCAGGUCGGAGGUGGCCAUUUUCUACAACGACAGGUCGGUGCUGGAGAACCAUCACAUCAGCGCCGCCUACAGGCUGAUGGCAGAGGAGGACAUGAACAUCCUGGUCAACCUGAACAAGGACGACUGGAGGGAGCUGAGGUCUCUGGUGAUAGAGAUGGUGAUGUCCACAGACAUGUCCUGUCACUUCCAGCAGAUCAAGACCAUGAGAAACACCCUGACCCAGACACACAGCAUAGACAAAGUGAAGGUUUUGUCUCUGAUGCUUCACGCUGCAGACAUCAGUCAUCCAGCCAAAGCCUGGCCGCUGCACCACCGCUGGACUCACAGUCUGAUGGAGGAGUUCUUCAGACAGGGAGAUAAAGAGGUGGAGCUCGGACUUCCCUUCUCUCCUCUCUGUGACCGCAAAGCUACCAUGAUCGCCCAAUCACAGAUAGGUUUCAUCGAUUUCAUCGUGGAGCCGACCUUCAGCGUUCUGAUCGACACGACAGAGAAGGUGAUUGGUCCUCUGAUAGACGAGGACAGGAAGGCCAGAGAAAGUGGAAACAGGAAGUCCAGUUUGACAGGAAGUGGCUCCGUCACGGUGGAGUCGGUGCAGAGACACAGCAGCGGUCGCUACGGGAACAGCGAUGACGGACAGAUGGACUUUUCUCUGACCGCCAUCGACCUGCCGGCUCUGAGGUUCCACCUGUCAGGCGUCAUCGCCAGCAACAAGGACCGCUGGAAAGAGCUGUCCGUGCACGAGCUGGCCAAUAAGGAGCAAGAGGAACAAGAGAAGGCGGAGUCCAACUCAGACGUCCAGUCUGACGGACACACCUCAGACCAAUCACAGGACUCGGAUGGCUCCCCGCCUGAUGAGACACACGAUGACGCGUCGCCUGAAGAUCACCUGACCUGCAACGGGGCGGGGUUAGGCGACGAGGAGGAGAAGGACGACGACGAUGAAAUGCCUGAAAACGCCUGACGACGCUCGGCGGCCGACUCACCACUGUACCUGGCCGUGGCAGGUCACCAUGGCAACAGGUGGCGCGGGGCAGCGACGACGCGGGUUCAGACUCGUCUGUUUGAGCUGCAGCGACCGCAACCAGGCCACCGGACCUUAUGUUUACAACCGACCGUGAAUAAAGUGACAACAUUCAUCCGAUCACAGUUUCAUGGUCCAUUCACAGUGUUGACGUGUUGUGUGGUUUUAUUAGAGACUCGGAGGAACAAUGUCUGGUAAAUAAAGUGGAAAUAUUUAACUAUGAAUUGAAAAUAAAGAGCAACAGGUGAAAACCA